AUGACGGAUCAACAAGUGCUCUUUAUGAGUCCCCAAGCGGAGAACUUGGAGUAUUUGUACAGCCUUAUGAACAAAGUAUCCCAACAGAUGUCUCAAAACAAACUCAAGAGAGCGGAGCUCCUCAGAGAAAUCGACGUUUUAGUAAAUGAAGUAAACCGCACGUCUAUCAGACCGAGGCCAAACAAUCCAAACAUAGCAGUUAUAUCGAAUUUUUUGAAACAAAGAAAUGUACACAUCGAGAAUCCAACUGAGGCACAAGUUGAAGAUGAGAGGGAACUACAGUGCCUGCGACAGCAAAAUGCUGCGCUAAAGAGUAUGCUCAAAGAUAAGUGCAGCACCAACAAUGAAACGCUAGCCCUGCUAAAAGUGCACGAAACCUACUUGUCGGACGUGGUGAGUUUGCUCAGAGCCGAUGUACUGACGUAUCACCAAGAGCUGAUCCGGAUGUGCCGGUCUCUAUACCAAGAGCAAGUGUGUUCCCUCGAGGAUAACGAGUUCAAGGAAUAUAUGGAAAACAUUAGCGACUUUCAGGAACUUUUGGACGUUUCUGAAAUUUUUAGACUCCUUCUUCGGCUAACCACUCAAACAGGUCGAACUCCUAAGAUAGCAGUGGGAUCUAAAUAUUGCAAUAUCCUGCAUUCAACGUAUCUACGACCUAAUAACGAGGCCGAUACAUAUCGCUAG